AUUCGAUCGAUUGUUCCCCUAUUACACACUUGCUCCUUCGCUGUGGUUUCGAUGAAUCCAAUGCUAGUGUUCUACGACUUUAUGAACCCCAACUUCAAGUUUGUGGACCAGAACAGAUUCAUCUUCAGUACGUGCCGCCUCAACGCCGUCAAGCAGGUCAACACGACGCCCCACCGCAUCAAGCUGCAGCAGGUCUACGGCGGCUCGGUUCCGGUGUCGGCGAGCUCGCAAGUCAACCUCAAGUCGCUCGGCGAGGCCGACGUCAUCCUCUGCCAAAAUGAUGUCUCUGUGGUCCAGGAGGAGACUCCCUCGGUCGGGUUGUUCACUUUCAUGGACAGCGAAGAGGCCCAGCGCUUCUACCAAUCGCUGCAGCAGGGCAUGACUCUGGCGGCGCAGCGACGCCUGGAAGUCCGUGAGAACAGCUUUGUUAGUCCUCAAGCAGUUCUGAGCGACCAUUCCCAAGCUUCGACGAGCGUUGCCUGCCCUCGACUGGUCAACCACGAAGCCAAAGCGCACGCCAUGGCCGUGAACGGGCUUCGCUUUAUCCCGUUCGAGGGCUCUCCCUUGAACAUCCAGUGCAUCUACUGCCGAUUCAGAACGCCGCUGUCCCAAGACGAAAGCUGGGACCCCAUCCGCGAGCACCGCCAGAGCCAGAACGCCAGCGCAUACGGCUGCCCGUUUGCCCCGCUGUCCUGAGCCAGACCCAGAGCAAAAGCCGAACGAAUAUGGGGUUGCGGCGCGGUGUGAUUGCAACGGCCUCGUCUUUGUGGAUGAGCUGGGCUGUAUGUUGGAUCAGUGGC